GCGACAUUCAUCCACUCACGGCAGCAUCACACCUGGGUCGGACGUCGUCUUCAUCUUUCUGGGUUUUUGCCUUAAAAAAUGUCGGGAGGAGAAGAUUUGAGGUACAGUAUAAGCUUUCUGUUAACGUGAUUACCGUUUUUCUUUCUCUUUCUUAUAUUUGGAUACAGGCUCAUGCUCAAACUGAAAGCAUAGCGCGCGAGUUGUGCGCUCCUCUUUGCAUAAAGCAAGGAAGAAGGUCUCUAAAUUCCCAGGAUGAUAAAAUUAAGGUCUACUGUAAUCAGUUGUUAUAAAUCAUAUUGACCAAAGAGUGCAUUUUAGGUAAAAAAACAACUGUUUUAGUCACGUCCUCGAUAUUUUUCUCCCUUAAAGAGAGCUUUAUGGCUAUUAAUAGGUGUAGCCGCAUACAUUCAAGUUUUACUGGUCCCAAAAAAAAAAAAAAAAAACUCGGUGUCUAUUUUCCCGGAAACCGGGAACUAUUUUCAGAAAACUAGACUCCGGGCAGUCAGAAAUUUUGACCAAUUUUCUCGAAAUAGCUCGUUUAAAUACUCUUAGAACACAAGAUAUUUGUUUGAAAAACCUAAAGUUUGCCUUGGGCAGACAGUGAAAUCUCAAUGUUUUCGACAGUUAUAAAAAUUAAUAUUCAUGUUCUUCCACACUGAGUCGAAUUGCUAAUUUCUAAAUUCUAAAUAAAGAAACUAACCUGAUUACCGGUUUGCUUUCUCUUUCUUAUAUUUAGAUACAGGCUCAUGCCCAAAGCAUAGCGCGCGAGUUGUACGCUACCCAUAAAAACGCAGCGCUAGAACUAGGAUACCUCCCCAGGAUGAUAAAAUUAAAGUCUGUUGUAAUCAAUUGUUAUAAAUCAUGAUAUUGAACAAAGAGUGCAUUUUAGGUAAAAAACAACUGUUUUCGUCACGUCCUCGAUAUUUUUCUCCCUUAAAGAGAGCAUUAUGGCUAAUAAUAGGUGUAGCCACAUACAUUCAAGUUUUAUUGGUGAAAAAGAAAAAACUUGGUGUCCAUUUUCCCGGAAACUGGGAACUGGUUUCAGAAAACUAGCUACCCGGCAGUCAGAAAUUUUGACCAAUUUUCUCGAAAUAGCUCGUUUAAAUACUCUUAGAAUACAAGAUAUAUGUUUGAAAAACCGAAAGCGAUUGUAAAUUUUGCCUUGGGUUAACAGUAGAAGCGACUGUUGAGCUUGGGCAUAGAGUAAAAUCUCAAUGUUUUUGACACUUAUAAAAUAUUCAUGUCCUCACACACUGAGUCGAACUUCUAAUUUCUAAAUUCUAAGUAAAGAAACUAACAGAAAUAUCAUUGUUUUGGAAAUACUUUUCUCAUCUUGGAGAACAAGAUUAUGUUGAAAAUCUUUUAGAUACUAAUUUACAAGAGAUUAUUAUUUUUUUUAAGUUCACAAGUUUUCUGGGAAUUCAUGUAUUAUCAACUGUGUGUUGUACGUGAUGUGCAUCUCAUUUGACUGUCCUUUGUCUGGCCCAUGUAUGGCAUCUAAGUAAACAAUUCCUGCCACUAAUAACAAGCAAGUUUUCUGGGAAAUAUGUAUUAUCAACUGUGUGCCGUACGUGAUGUGCAUCUCAUUUGACUGUCCUUUGUCUGGCCUAUGUAUGGCAUCUAAGUAAACAUUUUCUGCCACUAAUAACAAGCAAGUUUUCUGGGAAAAUGCAUUAUCAACUGUGUGUUGUACGUGAUGUGCAUCUCAUUUGACUGUCCUUUGUCUGGCCCAUGUAUGGCAUCUAAGUAAACAGUUUCUGCCACUAAUAACAAGCAAGGUUUCUGGGAAAUAUGUAUUGUCAACUGUGUGUGGUACGUGAUGUGCAUCUCAUUAGAAUGUCAUUUGUCUGGCCCAUGUAUGGCUGUAGGUUUUUUUAUGUCCAAAAUUUGACAGCCCACAACAGUAUUAAACAAGACGCUAAGGAGCGAGGGGGAAGGAGAAAAGAGCGCUCGGAAAGAAAAGGGAUGGGAGCACCUGCUAUAAGAGCCGGUGUUUUUGUAUUCGGCCCACCAUUUUCUUAACUAAUCCGAUAAUGUCAGCUGUCAAUAUGCGAGCAUUCAAAAGUAGGGGGCUUCUUAGCAUGGUCCGAACUUAAUUACUUUGUUUACCGGAAAUUGUCAAGACGAGGUGCUUUUUUCAAGUGAUAUCAUAAUUGAGCGAAAUAAAACAUUUUUAAUGUACUUGCUCCCACAGCAAAUACAACAAACAUAGACUAAGAGCAGUCUCUCUUUUUUUUACUGCUCGCAGUCUGCGACAAACAAUGAUCAGUUUCUUGUGAAUACAAAAGACAUUAUUUUGGUCUUACUUCGUCAAACACAAUGGUCACAAAAAACAGAACAGUCACCAGGUUGAGACACGAAUAAUGAAAGGUGAAUUAUAAACAAUUGUUAAAAAACUCAACGGAUAUUUUUUACCAAAGCUUCAGCUCUCUCUUUACAAACCAUUCAGACGGUACAUGUUUUUGCCAAAAAGGCGGUCUUUUGAAUAUCAGCAUUCCAGAUGUCUGGCAAGAAUGGCAAUUGGAUCGAUGUCGGAUUAACACAAGGAAGUUUAGUACCAAAGGAACAUAGUCUUUCCAGAACUUUAAAUCACAGCAUCAGCCAACACAAACUUGACUAGAACUUAAGUAAAACUAAACAGUCUGCCAAUAAUAACAACAUCUCUCUUGAACUUCAGAUAUCUUACGGCUUCCGCCAACUUGUAAAUACAGAAUUCGAAAAUCGACCUUCGUCACACUUGACUAAGCACGGCACUCCAGCUGGUGGGAAAAAACUUUAUUUUCAAAACAACUUGCUUAGAACUAGUAUAGUACUACACAUAAGGUUCUAGAAAAUACUAAACAGGCGAAUGGUAGUAGUAACUGAUGCAGAUCUGCUCAAUCAUGCUCAAAUGUAAACAUGCCCUAAUUAAUCAUUCAUGAAUGAUCCAAAAACGUACAGAACGUUCGAGAAAGUCACGCAGCGCAUGAGAGCAAUUUUACCACAUAACACUCAACAAAGACAAAACGUCUGUGCAGCAUUUUGUAGCUUUAAAUUCAUCGUAAGGGACUUGUCGGAUAUUCGCAGGGGGGAGGGGAAGUGGAAAUUUUAAAUUUGGGUUCGGAAAUGAGGUGACCCAUCCCUGCAAUGGGAGUGAAAUUUGCUAACCCUCCCCUUGACCUUGGCCUAAAAUAUCAUGACCCUCCCCUUCUUGUAUAAAUGAUAAAAUCUAGUUCUUGCAAUACACUAGGGUGAGUCAGUAUUAUGAAAGCUCAAAAUAUAUUUCUAAUCUGUUCUUUGUAAUGCCAUAUACAUACAUUUUAGAUGACAACAUGAAGAGUCUGAUUCUGACGGCUGAUCAUUUGACUCUCUUAUUUCUCCCAGGUUUUUUUUACAAAAUAAAGAACUUCUUUUUUCUUCUGUGGGUGAACCUCUACAUGAUCACGGACACACAUUUGCACGACCCUCCCCCUUUUAACAGCCCAUUUUUCAUGACCCCUCUCUUUUGUGCAGUCUCAAAAAGUUGUGACCCUCCCUCUGUUUUCACCCCCCCUCCCCCCUUGCUAAUUUCUGACAAGUCCCUAAAACAGUUUGAAUUUUACCUGUAUUUUCACAAUUCUUGUGAAAUUUGACAUUUAUUUUCUUGGGCUCCCAUAAGAAAUUUUCUUUCGUGUUAUUACAGAUAACUAGUCACAUCUAUAGCCCUUGAAAAAUGUAAAAAAGAAUGCAAUAUUCUUCAAAUUAUUCUGGUACAAGGUUUUUGUCCACUGAAAAUUAAAAAUACAUUAUGUUCCCCAGUAUCUGGAUGGUACCAGCAUCUGGACACUUGAAACAAAAACUCAAUUUUUGAGGCGCCCUUUUCAGUUCUCGGUAAAUGCAGCAUUUCGAAUGAAAGCUGAACAUUAUUUUUAGCUUUAAGAUGAAAGUUUUGACGAGUUUAAAGCUUGCGAAACAGUCACAGAAGACAACGUUCUGUUCAGUUGAGUAAACUUUUCAUGGCUAACAUUUACGCUGUUUACCGCACAGCAAAAUUAUUGCUGCUCAGAAAAGGGUGGGUAAUAUGUGAUACUUUCAAAGAAACUGUUUUAUAUUUAAAGUGAAGAUACUUAUAUAAAGAAGUUAGGUUCUCAGAAAGUUUAUUAAUUCUUCUAAAAAUUCGAUUUGUUUGGAAUAACAGAGGCCAGAAACAUUCACUGAAUAUUGAUGUCAGGUGCCUAGUAUCCGGCCAGUUUUUUCUUUGCUGUACAGAAUCAAUGAAUUAGCUGGGUGCAUUAUUCAGAUAAGAUUUAUUUCAUAUCUAUAACUAUAACUAAAGCUUAGGAUAUAUAAUAUAGUCAUAAAGUGAUUAUUCUACUCAACUCCAUAUGGAAAUUUUCUUCACUCAUUCAGAGGGGACUUGAUUUUGUGUGCAUGGUUUGUUUUGCAUGAAUGCAUUUUCUAUACACACCUAUUUCAAUUGAGGUUGCUUCGCUGAGGAAUGAUGUAUGACGCAUGGUCCAUGUUUCAUAGCCCGUGGUGCAUUAUAGGAGCAAGUCCAGUAAAUUACUAGAAACCCAGAAGGCAAACAUUACUGACGCUUCAAUGCUAUGUCAGCAGAACGUUAUGACAAUGUAUUUCAAAACACUGAAUCCUAGGUGUUUUAGGACAGUGAUUUGAGUUUAGGUUUUGCUCUGUGGUAAUAUGCAAAAUUAUGUUGCAAAUUUUAAACGAGUUUGCUUGGCUCGUGCACAUGGGAAUUUUGGAUGGUGUUUGAAAAAAACAAAUUCAAGGCGUUUGUUGAACUACAAUAAAUAACUUAACAUUACGCGUUUAUCUAUUUUUGAGGCAAUUAUUUUAAAACUGAGUAAAACAAUAACACAGGCCACCCAGACGUAGUAUGUGUCACUGAAUGAAUAUAUUAAUAUUCACAUGGGCAAAAUAGGACGAGUCGUCGAAACUCCAUUGAACUAAAAUAGUCCAAAAGUCAAAAUAUAACAAAACAAAGCUAAGAUACCUUUAACUGAACAUAUUCUUGUCUUUCCUGGCCAGUUAAAGUGGUAUUUUGUUGAGUUUUGCAAUUCUAGGUACUAUCCACCAAAGAAGAAUUAAAGGCUGGCUACAAAACAAACAGACCAUAUCCACGCGCCCUCACGCGAAGUGCUAUAAAUUCGAGAAUAAUCGACGCAUCCGCUCCCAAUUGACAUCGGGUAAUCUGCAGGUAACGUGUCCUCUGGUUUCUUGCUCACUUGCUCCACAAAACUCAUCACAACUGCACAAUGAUCGCUCGCUCAUCAACAAACACUGUUGACCUUUAUGCUUCGAUAUGACCGCAAACUACCAGGUUUAAUACGCGAUGUGAAUAUUCAAGCUUAGCGACCGCGUCCGCGCGACAAUGACGCACUUGCUAUGGGAGGGAUGGUACUGUUGCUUCUAGGUCAAUCAAUCAGGAAAAUAAUAUUGAAGCCCUUGUAAUUUUCAAAAAGGUCCAAUUUGCCCUAGGAUCACCGAACAGAUACGAAGUUUACAGCGGAUCUAAAAGACAUGAGCGCAGUGCAUUUCCUCCAUAGAACGUGAGAACCAGGAAGUUUCUGGACUUUCAGGUUGUAGUCGUGCAAAUCAAUGGCAAGGAAAUGUACAAAAAGUGUGCUGCAAUUUAUUAGUCCUAUUGUUGUUUUUCACAGUUCUGGUCGAGGGCAUCCAACGACUGUUUUCUGUAAAAUAUCUGUUCGGAGAAGCAAAUUUUGCCUAGAAUUUUCUUUCACUUGGCUAAAAUUUUCUGGAUGACCAUUCCAUUCAUGUACAAUUUUCAAAGCUCAUCUAAUCAUGCUAAUAAAUUCCCUACGAUUUUCUGAAGUUUAAUUGUUCAAAUUUCACUCCCCGCGUUAGGCUAUUUUUCGUAGAUAACAAGGAAUUCUACAAAUUUCUGGAUUCAAAAAUGUGAUGAAAGAAGGAAUCUGAAAAAUUAUCUCUUUCAGAAUACAUUAAAUCACAUCUAACAUUUUCGGGAAAAUAAUUCCGAAUUCCUCGUAAUUUCGAAUAUACUCAAGUUCCCCUAGAAUGGCCGAACACUGAGAUACCAAUUUAUAGCACCGCUUAGGAUACAUUUCUUUUGAGCUGAAAGUACUUUAUAAAUAGCUACAAAAGGUGUUUUCAAUGUAUUUGAGCAAGAGAGAAUGAUCAUUCUCUCUUGAUUUGAGGAGACCAUCAUUGGGUGCCCCUGUCUCGUAGCCUUCUCUGCUUAGCAUUACACGAUUUUAUAUUUAGUAUGAGCAAACUAUAAAUAUUAUUGAGAGCUUCGCUUUUCGCCCUCCUGACUAAAUCUAUGUAUUGGCGCAGCUUAUAAUGAAUUUUUAGAGAUGUAAAGUACUCUGGACAGCCUUAAAAGUGUUUUCAAUGCAUUGGAGGAAAUCGUCGUUGGGUGCCCCUGAGUUUUGAAAAUAAUAAUAAUAAUAAAAAAAGAAAUCGCGGACAUAAAUUUUUCUUUACCAUAUCUUCAGCUGUAUCUUUCAUUCAGCUGCAUAGCCAAGGCCAGAUAUUUCCUUUUUCCUAGGCAGAAAAUCCUCGUCCUCCCUCACCAGUUUGGACAACAUAUUGUGGAGUAAGGCGAAGUUCUGGAAAGAACUGUUUAUUUAAUUAAUCCGAGCAAAUAGGUCCAGUAGAGUCAAGAACCUAUGCAACCGGCUGGACGAACAAUGUGACAGUAGCUGUGACAGCGCAGCGUACCGUCCCUCAGUGUCGAUUGACCUAGAAGCAAUAGUACCAUCCCUCCCAUAGCAAGUGCUUCAUUGUCGCGCGGACACGGUUGCUAAGCUUGAAUAUUCACGUCACGUAUUAAACCUGGUAGUUUGCGGUCAUAUCGAAGCGUAAAGGUCAACAGUGUUUGUUGAUGAGCAAGCGAUCAUUGUGCAGUUGUGAUGGGUUUUGUGGAGCAAGUGAGCAAGAAACCGGAGCACGUGUUACCUGCAGAUUAGCCGAUGUCAGUUGGGAGCGGAUUCGUCGAUUAUUCUCGAAUUUAUAGCGCUUUGCGUGAAGACGCGUGGAGAUAGUCGGUUUGUUUUGUAGCCAGCCUUUUAAAUUCUUCUUUAGUGGAUAGUACCUACAAAUAUUGCAAAACUCAACAAAAUGCCACUUUAACCGCCAGGAAAGACAACGAUACGUUCAGUUAAGGUAUCUUAGCUUUGUUUUGUAAUCUUUUGAUUUUGACUAUUUUAGUUCAUGGGAGUUUCGACGACUCGUCCUACUUUGUCCCUGCAUGUGAAUAUUAAUAUAUUCAUUCAGUGACACAUACUACGUCUGGGUUGCCUGUGACAAGAAUAGCAUUGAUUUGCUUUAUUGAAAUAACCAGCAUUCUGGCCCAAGCAAAAAUGCAGUUUAAUCACGUGGUAAAACCCUAUUCAAUUACUGCUGUUAAAGGAAGAGGCUUCUAAUUUCUUACUGUGAGAUUUUAAAAAUGAAAUUGUUCAGCUUGCUCAUGCUUAAGAAUUUUCACAGCCAUUUGAGUUGAAAGCUCUCUUGAACACCUUCUCACAAAAUAAUGGUCUCCAUUAUUUCAAUGAACAUGAACAAGACUGAACUUCCAGCUACAAAAUGGUUUACCAUAGUGCACUGCAGGCCAUGAAACAUGGUUCACGGGAGCAACCUUAAUUGAAAUAGGUGUAUAACCAGAAGCAUCGGAGUUGAACCUGGAAUUCUCAUACUUUCCCCAGUUGUGACUGCUAGAAUGAGGUUGCAACGGUCUGAAAAAUGUCACAAAGGGAUUGAGAGAUGUGAAAGAAGGAGGAAUCAGUGCUAGAAAAGCAGGGUUAUUGUGGGGACUUUUGACCAUCAGAUUGAGGUCCCUUUACUAAGCUUGUUUUUUUUAAAUAAAAAAUGAAGAAAAAAAGUUAUUUGCAGAUUGGCUAAUUGAGCUUGCAAACUGUGGCUUCAGCAUGUCCACGGAUGCCCUCCUAAUUCAGUAAAAAAGUUCCUAGACAAGGAAGUAAGAAUUAUACCAUUUAACAGUUGCUCGCGUUCCCCACCAUACCCCAGUUAUUUGUUAUGUUUUAUUUCAGCUGUGACCUUCUAACCAAUCUACAGAAGGAAAGAUUUGAACUGAUUGUAAAGUUACACUGUACCUAUUAUGUUUUGGGUAAUUUUGACAGCUGUUCAGGGUAUUAACUAGUUUCCAAAGUUUAUCUUUGUUGUUUGUUCAUUUGAAUUAUGAUGCUCAGGAGAUACAGUAAAUUGUGUCUAAUGAAGAAGUCAUUUCUUCACUAGCAACUACAGUAAUUUACACAUCUGUAUUAUACAAUUAGUCAGCCAAAUUGUCACUGUAACAGAGUGAGAGUACCUUUUAUUCAAAAUUUUUUUUGUCAUAAUCUAUUAUUUUAUAUUUUCUGCCUUGCACCAGUCCUAGUAUUUUAUACCACUGCUCCCUUCACUGUUCUAAACAGUUUGUUCGAAUGUUAAACAGUUUACAAAAAAGACCAUUUUCGAUAAAUGUUAUGCACAAUGUUGUUUAGUUUCUCAAUAGAUUUUGUAGGAGGUGAUCCCUGAUAAAUAGGAGGCUCUUCAGACCAUUCAAAACAAAGCAAAGAAAAGCGACCUAAAACAAAGGUUAAAUCCCAAAGUGCAUCAAUGUUGUUGUUGUUGUUAUUAUUUUUUUUUUGGCCUGAACUUGUCUUUUUCUACAUGUACUAUAAUUUUAUUCCUUUAGGCUCCCUUGUCCUGUGGUUCCAGUAUCUGAUCCAGAGGAAGAGGGAUUUGAUUGCUACAUUCUUGUGUGUGAAAAUCUGGAAUGGGACAAUUCCACAUGGAAUUUUCUGAAGAAGACGUUAAAGAAAACUGCAGAGGUAUAUAUUGUGGUUAUAAUCUAAAAAUUUUAAAAAUUAAACCUGGUUGCUACUGUGUAGUAGUAGUACCGUAGUUUUCCCAAUCAGUAUUUAAGUUCCUGAUGAAUAAAAGUGUAGGGACUUAAUAAGAGGAAGGUGUCAGGUCAACACUGUGAGUGGUAUAGUUUUGCAGAAAGUUAUAAUUAUAUUUUUAUCAUGUUUUAUUGGGGUUUCUGGAAGACUAAGUACAGUAGUUUGCAGUUUUCUUAUACAAAAAGCCCCACUAGCUAGUACAUCAAAAUUAAUUUUACUGGAAGUGUGUGGCUUUUUUUAGUACUUUUCUAAAGUCAGUGCUGUAAGCUAUAUAUAUAUACAUUGAAGUGCAGGCAGCCUCUUCGCUUGCUUACAACUUGGUACCACUUAUCUACAUGUCUUUGCAGGUUGACAAAGCUGUUUAUAAUGAAACUUUGCUGUUUCCACUGUGCGAGAAGAAUAAAAGCUUGGUGAGUCUAGUUACUUUGUAUUACACAGUACUCAGGAUAGACCUUUGAAGGAUUAUUGUUUUUAAUUACAUGUAACUUUUUAAAAACAAUAAAAAUGAAUACAGACAUUGCUGAAACAACUGUUACAUACUUUCAAUUUAUGUAUAGUGUAUUUUGUUACAGGUCACAAUAAUAUUGUUUAAGGUUUAAAAUUAGUAUUUUUUUAAAAACUAGGUUGAUUCUUAAUAGCCAUUGUCUCCUAAGCCUAAUUAUUCAUGAUUUAUCACUUGGGACAAAAGAAAAUUCACAAUCAACCUAGGUUAAAACAUUUUAUCCUAAAUUUAAUGUUGACCUGUCACAUACACUGGUAAUAGACCCCUUUGGUUUGUGUUUUUUUUUUUGUUUUCCUGAUCUUGAAUAUUUGCCCUUUGGUUAAGUUUUUCAUAAAAUUUGUGAUAUUUAUGCAUGCAUCAGAUACAUGUGAAUACAAUGUAAGUAAGAAUUUGAAAGAAUAAGUAAUCAUCAUGGUAUACUCUACCUUAGGUCCAUGCACCUACAGGACCUGUGAACAGAGAUUAUGAUGAUGUUAGACGUUACUAUGAUGCGGCUGUGAAUGGAAUCAAACGGUGAGUAUUUUUUUUGUACUUUUCCUCUCGUGUUAUUUCUCAUGUAAUCAAUUGCUAGAAUGUAACAGUUUUAGAUUAUUCUAAGAUUGCAUUGCCAACUGUAAUGUAAGUUUUAACAUGCCUUUCUCUCCUAAGUUGCAAAAAUUUUGUGAGAAAGAUACAGGGGGAUCAGAGAAAAUUUGAUACACUUGGACUCUAACUUGGCUCAUCAUGCAAUUAUUUACGGGGGCCAGCGGGUGCUGCUAGUCAGAGAGCAUAUUUAUAGCCCUGAUAGUAAAAGCCACCUUUUUUAUUCAAGUGUCAUUGGAGUGCGAGAGUGCUAGAGAUGGUGUUAGUGAAAUUUAGGUAUAAUUUUGUUUUUUUUCUUUGUGGUUAGUGUUCAAUAAAUAUGUCUUAAUAAAUACCUCAGCCUAGAAUUUUUUCAGGCAAUUUUGUUUUCAGUGGGUUAAUUAAGACAUAAAGUGUACAUUUAAGUGUAUCAGAGUAAAUUUAAAUGUUAUCCACCACAUUGCUAUAAAUAUAUUGUAGUAAUUACAAUUAUUUAUGAUCAAAGCCUCAUAUCUUUCAGGUUUCUCUUUUAACUGUUGACUUUAUCAUCCAGCAGAAUGCUUAUGACUAAGUAUUCUUUUUGUAAAAUAAAUUAAUGAUUGGAGCAUUACUUACAGGGCUUUGAAGGCUGGUAGUGAGUCUCCCAUUCUGGUGACUAUACCUGGUGAAACAUUCACCAAUGCAUGGUCUGUGUCAUUGCUUGGAGCUCUUCAUCAACUCUAUGUGGUGAGUUUACAGGGUGCAUUCAUUCCACAAGGAUAUUCUCCUUAUUGCCACAUCUAACUGCCGCUUGGUUAGCUCAGUUGGAUGUGUGCCAUAUUCUGCCAAGCAAAGGUUCAUGGAUUCAGCCUCCACUGAAGCACUGCUGCCUUGUCCUGUUUAUCCCUCCUUAAGAAAAUAUUAUUGUUUGAAGGGAGGGCUGUGCUCUAGCAAAGCCCAGUUGCCCCUGGUGCCUUACGUUUGUUCUUGGGCAACUGGGAAAUCAUUUCACAGGUUCAGAGCUCUGGGCUCUCUACAAUUUUUCCAAGAGUACAGCCUUUUAGCUGUUUGAAAAGAGCAGUGGAACAAGGGUGUGGUUUAUCUUCUAUCUGUACUAAGGUGUUCAGUGCAGGCAACACCUAAAUUAUAAUCGAGCCUGGCAGCUCUGUUGUGUCGGCUUUACUUAGCUAUUGAAUUUAAGACGUGUUCUAAAUUUAACAGUGUACAAUGUAAAUAUUUCUUAUUAGCCCUUAGAGUUGAGAGAAGCUCGUCCUGAUAAGAAGCAGAAAGUGAAACAGCUUGGAGUGGUUGUUCUUAAUGAUGUGAGUUGCUAGACAUAUACCUCUUGUCAAGAUUGAGAUGUUUUAAGUUAAAAACUGAUUUUGAUUUGUGGGUAUAACCACAUGCACUUUUUCUUAGAGUUGCAACUUGGAGUAUGUCAAAGCCAUUGAUUCUGGAAGGUAAGAGACAUGAUUAAUGUUUUGUUGUUGUUCUUGUAAUUGACUGGUAUGAAAUUUUUAUGAGCUAUAAUUAUAUUUGGGGGGUGGGGGUGUAGCAGAAUUUAGUUAUUUGAGUUGCUUGAGAAUACAUGGAAAUAGAUUUGCACAAACAAGCAUUUUAACCUUGGUUUAAUCAUAGAAUGAAUGCACAUACUAACAUGACUGUGUUUUCUUUAAAAUUUAGGUAUGUCUGUCGAGACAUAGGAGGAUCAGACCCUGAAAGAAUGGCAGCUCCUCGUGUUGAAGAAUAUCUAAGAGAAUUAUUUAAAGAUCCUAAAAGUCCUGUGAAGGUUUGCAUUUUUUAUAUUAUAGUAACUUAUUUGUAAAAUUGAACAAUUAAUUCUUUUUUGUCAGUAAUGUUGAAAUUUUUGGUUAUUAUUAUAAAUCUAACAAUUCUCCUGUCCCCAGUGGUGAUGCUAUUGAUAAUGUUGAUAUCAAACUAGUGAGUCUUCCCAUUGUUAUGUAUCAACCCUUUAAGCUCCAGUAUAUCCACAUAUGAAUUCCCCAGACUGGUCUCCUUACAUUUCCUUCAAUAUUUGGUUAUUAAUUUAAUAAGGGAUUUGAUCUUAAGCAUCUCCCUUUGGUGACCAUUUUGUGAAUUCUCAUAUUAACCAGUUUACUUGAUGAUGUAUUGAUAAUUAUUGUUAGCAGAAAAGUGAUGUUGGUCACUCUUGAAACUUUUAGUGUAAAGUGCAAAUUUCCAUGUCUAUCGAGAAUUGAAAUGAUUUUAAAGGUUCGUUUUAUAAAGGCCUGAUUAUUUAGACAAAUUUUCAGUCAUCACCUGCAACGCUUAUAAUAAACUAGAUGGUUGUCGCAAUUUCACAAUUUUGGUCCCGGACAGGACAAUCUUAAAUUAGGUGCAGCUGACAAAAGUUGCCUACACUUAUGUCCAGGAUUGAACUUUGCUAUGAAAUGUACAAAAUUAACGAUUUUUUGGGAUGUCCUUGCAAAAACUGCAAAAUUUGCAACCGGACAAAAUCAACUAAAUAAACAAAAAUGUGUUUUUCUUGUCAAUCAUUUUUUGUAAAGCCAUUAUUCCUUCCAUAAAAAAUGCAAGUGUUGUCAGAUGUACAUCUAAACGGCCUGAUAACAGAUUGUAGCUUACAUUCGAGUAGGGAUAAAUUUGUUCAAAACAAAAAUUGUCACCAUACAAUUUUUGGUUAGAAGUUUCAAAGAUAAUUCCAAUUUUGUCUGCUCGUGUGGAAUUGCCCUUACUUCAGCUCUACCUGCUAGUGGAAUUACCAGUAAGCCCAUGAAAAAAAACAACAUUUUAAGAACAUUGUUUUGUGAACAAUGUACAUGAACAAUGUACAUGAAAAUAUUACUGUUAAACAGGACGAUGUAAUGUCACUGAGUGUGUAUAUACUAAAUGUUAUUAGUGCACAUAUUAUUAAUAUUGUUAGCAGUAUUUUAUUUAAAGUUUAAUACUUUUUAAGACUUUACCUUUUUUGUAUAAUUUCCUUCAGUUACAUAAGUGAUUUGUUUAUUCUUAUACAUGGUUGUAAAAACCAGAGCAUCCUUCAUAAAAAUAAACAAAUGUCACAAGUUAAAAUGCUGUUUACUUUGCAAUGGGUUCACAGGUUACAGUAAUCAAAGACGUUAAAGAGUUUGAAACAAAGUAUCCACUUUAUGCAGCAGUCAACAGGUGUUCAAGAGGUAAAACUUAAAAUGUCAUUCCAGCCUGCAGUUGUCAUACCUUUUUCUGACCCAGGGAGUGAUUUAUUUGGUUUAUUUAAUUACAAUUAGUUAUUUCUCCCUAUAUAUUCUCCAUCAUUUUUUUUAGGAAGAGUGAGUGUAAUAAACUACUGGUAAGGUUUCAGGUUUUGUCCGAGAUGUUCCAUAAAUUAAAAGCAAUAUCCCAAAUAAAUGUUUGUAUUAUUAUAUAUUAUUAUUAUUACAUUUUUUUCUUUAUCUAUGGCCUCUCUUUUGUGAUUUCCAUGUGCCAUUAGUAUGUGUAAUCAAAUGGUGACAAGUGAAAUUAGGGAAUAAUUUCACGCACGUUUUGUCCAAAUCCUUAUAAUUUCCCGAGCCUUAAGGCAAGGGAAAUUAUUAGGAUUUGGACAAAAUGCAAGUGAAAUUAUCACCUAAUUUCACGAGUAUACCAUUUGAUUAACUAUUAAUAUCAUGGGUGACGAAUUACCUUAGCAAUCAAGGAUUUUGACUUGUUUAUCCUGGAUGCUCUUUCGUGUGUUCAGGUUUUCUAAAGCGUCUUUUUAUUCCCUGACAUCUUCAUUCAUGACAUUUUAAAACUUCGUCGCCAUCUUGAAACGGAGACGUACGGCAGGUUGCCAUGGCAAUUUAGUAAUUUCACAUGUGAAAUUACAAAUUAACGCUGAAAUUUCACACCAAAAUUAAGGAGUAAUUCGUCACCUAUGAUAUUAUGGUUGAUAAACUGUUGGGACUGAAAUAAUGUUUGCCAUCUGAAACACAAAUAACUUGUUAAUUAGCUUCCAUGUUUAUGUUUUAUUAAGCUAUUGAUAGACAUGCUGGCAGAAUAAUUGAUCUGGAAUAUGUACCAGAGGGACCCAUUGAAGAAACUGUCCUUCUAGUAGGGAAGGUAUGUGGAUUUAGCCAGGGCUGUAAUAAAAGAAACAAAUGGUACUGUGAAAUACUUUGUUUUUGGACUUAAAUUCAAUGCUAUUUUUAAUUAACAACACCUUACAAUUUCAUAGUAAGGUUAGUAAUGGCAAAUCAAAUAGUAUAUACGUCUUUCCUUGGGGCAACCCCAUCAAGGGUUCUUUCAUCUGUCUUACCAGGGACCUAUACAGUAGCUUACAAGAAGUAAGAUGAAGCUCUUACCUCAUCAAGAUUUUAACCCAAAAUCAGAAGAGAAAUUUUUUUAAAAAGGGGGAAAAUAAUCUCCUGGGCCGAGUUGUUCAAAGCUGGGUUAAGAUAACCCAGGGUUAGUGCGAGAUUUGAAUUCAGAUUUGAAAGCUUAAAAAGCAUUUCAGUUUUAAUUCUUUUUGUCUACAAGUUGAUGAUUGGAAGCUCUAAAAAUAGCAGAGAAAAUUAUCCGAGAAAAUGCUUUUGAACACAAGAAAAACAAACACGGGUUAAAUUUAACCCGGGGUUAAGCGCUAACCGGCCUUCGAACAACUGGGCCCAGUUGAUCAAGACUUACUUUUUAAAGAAAUUCCGUAUGAAAUUUUCCGAAGUCUUCCUCUUGACUUUGUGGCACACGGAAUAUUCAAUAUUAGUUAAAUCCAACUAGUGGUCUAUUAUCAAUGCUGCGUUCUAGUUGGCUGAGCUUCUUAUAGGCUAUUUGUUAUAGCCCACUAGUAGCGAUAAGCGCCAGCUUUGAAAACCAAACAAUGGUGGCUGAAUCGCGUUUUGCUAGCUACAGUUGAACAUUUUGUCUCGAAAUUUUUGAUCAACUAGUUGGAUUUCACUAAAACUUUAUAAUUGUUGUUCCUCUCGCAAUGGCCUCUGAGUCAAUAGUCCAUUCGGCCAAGGUUCGACCUCAUGGGCUAGCGCUAUUGACUCAGAGCCCAUUCGGGCUCGAGGAAUAAUUGUUAAGUACACUGUAUUAGGUUCACCCUUAUAGCACAUUAAAUAAUUAUUACAGUGGAAGCUCUCGUAAGCGGACACCAUCAGGGCACGAAAAAGGUGUCGGUAACUGGAGCUGGCAACUUACGGGAAUGUAAAAAUACAGAGUUUGUAUGGGAGUUGAGAAAAACAGGGUUUUGUGAAGGUGGCCAUAAGUAGAGCUGCCCCACUUACAAGAGUGUCUGUUAGGAGAGUUUCCACUGACUGUUAUUGUCCAAUUUAUCAUCCCAGGGUGUUACUUAUGAUACUGGAGGAGCUGAUGUCAAGGCAGGUGGACAUAUGGCUGGAAUGAGCAGGUACAGAUAAUAUUGUUAAAUUAUACAUCUAUAAUUAUCAUUCUUUGUCAUUCAUCUCUCCCAAUGAUGCAGCUUCCUACAAAUGCAAUAUACGGGCUAUUAUAUGUUGCAAGAUAUUCAACUCAGAUCAAAAUGUUUCGCACUUCUUUUCACACAUACAUGUAUGGAACUGUGAAGCCAAAAUAUUUCUAACCUUUUAUUAUUAUUUUAUACACUGGAUUCAUAUGGAUCAUGGAAAACCUGGAAAGUUAUGUAAUUUACGAAUUUCAUUUUCCAGGCCUGGAAGGUCAUGGAAAGUCAUGGAAAAUUUAACUUCUGUUUGGUAUAGAUAUAUAAAGUCACUACAGAUGUCACAGCAUGGAGAAAGUAUUAGUGACAAGUAAUUGAAUAGCAUGAAUGGCGUGCGUUUUGGUGGACACCACAAUUUGUGUCCGUUGAACUGAGUUAGGUGAAAAAGAAUCACCAAAAACAAGAAUAAGUUUGAAAAUUUGGAAAGUGGCAGCUAAACCCAAGUUCAUAGAAAACUGGAAAAAUUCGUAGAAAAAGUCCCGGAAAUUCAUGGAAUUUAAAGAUCUGGAAAGAGUACGAACCCUUUUUAACAGCUUAACUCACCUUUCAAGGGCUAACGUGCAGAUCUUGGGUAAAGAAAUUUAAAGGCGGUGACUUCAAAAAUUAUUAAUUUUUGAUGUGGGGGAGCAAGGGAAGUUUUAUUUUAGGGGAGCAAGGGAUGGCACAGUGGUGAGAGUGCUUGCUUCCCACCAAAGUGGCCCAGGUUCAAAUCCUGGCGUUGAUGCCAUAAAUUAUGUGGGUUUGUUGUUGGUUCUCUCCUUUGCUCCGAGAGGUUUUUCUCCAGGUACUCUGGUUUCCCCUCUCCUAAACACCAACAUUUCCAAAUUCCUAUUCGACCAGGAAUCAGGUAGACCAAGAACCACUUUGUGGAUGUGCUACCUCCAAAUCAUUAUUAAUUUAUUAUUUAUUAUUUAUUUAUGUGGACAUUUGGGAAGAUUAUUGUGGUUCACCUGUGUUUCUAUGUAUCAUUGUAGCCUUAUUAAAUUAUACAAAAUUAAAUUAUACAAAGACACAUCAUUAUCGUUAUACAUGUAUGCUGCCAUUUGAAAGAAAACACACGUUCAACACUGCCAGGGACUUUCAAAGAAAUUAUGUCAACUUGGGAUUGACUGAAUAACACAGUUGUAGUUGGAUUAAGACAAUCCUCUAUCUAGAAGGGUCGGUGUUUAAAGCCUGGUCAAAAAACCUGAUUUAUUUUUGUUUUCAAGGGAUAAAUGUGGUGCUGCUGCUGUGGCUGGGUUCUUUCAGGUAUACAUUUAUGUUUGCACGCCAGUGUUUAAAAUUAUAUUACAGUUAAUUUGAACCUCUGUAAGCUGCCACAUUCUAUGAAGCAGCCAGUAGUCCUGAAAUAGAAAAGAAUGGAAACUUAAACCUCUACUAAGUGGCCACAGCCACCUUUUGGCCGUCCCCAUGAUAGUUCUCCCGUUGUUGUCACCUCUAUUAAGCAGCUGUCUAGCACUUGAUAAUUAGUUUGGCUUUAUUUCAAGAAUAUGAUGGUGAAAGAAAAUUGAUGCAGUCUGAGUUAGAAGGUGACGACCAAUUGUACAUGUGAAACAAUUAUGUUGCUCCUGUCUUGUGUUUGUUUCAAAAUAAAGAGAUGUUUCUGCUGAAGAUUAUCUUUAUCUUUAUCUUUAUGUCGAGCUAGUUUAUGACGAAGCCCCAUUGAGUAGCCAACCUCUGUUAAGCGGCCACUUGCCAGUACACCAAGCGUGGCCACUUUAUUGAGGUUCAGCUGUAUUAAUAGCAUUGAUACAAAUAGAUUAGUGCUUCUUUUAGUUAUUAAGAGCUGGAAAAUUGAACAAUCUUUCUUCAAGCCUCUAAUGGACAAUUAUAAUUAUUACAAUAGCUGAGAGUAACUUAGUUCACUGAAUUAUUAAAUCUAUUAAUAAUGAAGCCUACAUAAUUUAUGAUAAAAAAAUUAAACCAACUGUAUCAAACAAUUUGGGCCAGCUGUGAAAAUAUAAAUUAUAAUCACUUGUAAUGUCCUACACUGACAAACUGUCGACUGGGAUGAAGUUAUUCAUGAUCAAAGAGCAACAUAAUAAUUACAGAGAGAAUAAAAAUGUUUAUUAAGAAAAAUUACAUGUAACAACGUUUUGUUCAAGAAAGUUCAUUAUUAAUUUAGUUAGUGUAAGAAAAAUGUAUGCUUGCUAACAGUCUAGGUUGUGCCAUCGAUAUAGUAUUCAUAUUCUUCUGUUGUAUUGUUACUAUCCAGACUCUAGCCAAACUUAAGCCAAAAGGAAUUAAAGUCUUAGGGACAAUGGCCAUGGUGCGCAACAGUGUAGGAGCAGGUAAAAUGUACUAAACUAUAUGAGCUGGCAGAGGGGUAGGCAAUCGUUCUUCUAGAAUCAUACAUGCUAAUCUGUCGUAGCUAACUAAGAGGCUUGAGUUAGUCUGAAAACAGCUACUAAACAUUAAGUUUUAUGAUUGACAAUUAUUGUAAAUAACUUGACUUGAAGAAAAGAUUCGAAUUAACAUAACAAUGUAGGAUGUUUGUUCUCUUGCCUGAUUGAAGUUAUUGAGAUCAUGAUACCCAAUCCUGAUUGUCUUGUAGAGGGUUAUGUUGCUGAUGAGAUCAUCACAUCUGCUGCUGGAACCAGAGUGAGGGUUGGGAACACUGAUGCUGAAGGGCGUAUGGCCAUGGCUGAUGCAAUUCACCGUAUGAAACAGAGGGUAACCUCCUUUUCUUGCAGAUAUUUUCAUGUUUAUUCUCAGCUUAACCCAUUCGCCCCUGAACCGCGCGUAACCGCCCGUGCGGAUCCACGUCCUUUCUACCCUCUGUGACGUCAUCAGUUUUAAAGGUCAAGGACAACUUUGUUCAAGUGCUAACUUGUGCAGAGUGAAGAGAUCUUUCAAACCAUACCAGAAUGAGCUCAAUUCAGUCAAAGACACCUGAGAAAGAAGCAAAAAACCAUGUGACAUUGACCUGAAAAUCUUCAUGAAAAUCUUGUUUCGUUGCUCACCUACCUUUCCUUUCACCUAAUCCUAAGAUCCUAAAAGCUUUCCUAAAAACUCUUCCCACCAAAAUGAAGCCUACUAAAUGCCCAGCAAGAGAGAAAAAAAAUGAGGCAAGAAAAGCGAAAAAAGAGGGGAGGAGAGAAAGUGAAAAGUAAAAGUCAAGACUGCUGUGUCACUCGAAAUUUUGCUUUCUGCGCAUGCCCGAACUUCGCAAGCUGAUAUUUUGCAUCUGGAUCAGAAGGCCGCGAAGUGUACGACCUGUAAACCGGUUUGUGGUAAGUUUUAGCUCUUUAUGGCACAACAGUGACCAGAAAACCACUCGACUUGCUUCAAAACACGUUUUUCGGCAAAAUCUCCAGGAGCGAAUAGGUUAAGGUUUUUAUGGUAUAAGUUGAAGAACUGUAAUGCUUGGUGGAGGUUGAAUGUCUGGGAUGUCAAGGGGCUUGCACUUUUGGCACAGCGCCCAUGGCUGGUUAAUCCAAUUGCCUCCUAGCCGUGAAUCCCCAGUCUUGAGUCCCGUGACACUGACUGGUCGAUCAAUGGAGAAAAGUAAUAAGGGACAAAUAAUAAAAGGAAGGGACAAACCAAAAGGAUGAACCAUGUCUAAUGGCUACCACUGUACAACACAUGGAGGGCUUUGCAAACAAUUAAAAUAGACUGCACCUGUCUGGGCCUAUGUCACCAAACUGACCACUUAUUGAUAACAGAGAUGAUGCUCUUUGUGGUUACCGUAUUAAUUUUAUUCGAUUAACCGUCCUGGGCGCUUAUUAAAUUUUUGGACCUUGAGAGUGGGCGCUUAUUUGAGGUGGGCACUUAUUUGAGGCUGGGCGCUUAUUAAAUUUUCACCAUUCUCAGCAGUUGUUGUAGUAUAUUUUGCAACAAAACAGUAAAUGGUACUGACAAAAAGCGAAGAUGUAGCAAGGCAAGGUUUCUGUAAAAUACUCUGAGGAAAACUCCGUCUUCGGGAGGUUCUAUUAUUAUCUCUUAUUGGAGUUUUUAUGGGAGGGAGUGUGGUGGGGUGGGCGCUUAUUCGAGGCUGGGCGCUUAUUAACUUUUUCUGCCUUUAGCAUGGGCGCUUAUUUCGAGGUGGGCGCUAAUUCGAGGUUGGGUGCUUAUUUGAAUAAAUACGGUAACUGGAUUUGUCUCACAACAUUUUGGGUUCUUUUAAUUCUUCCACAGGCUCUCAAUGAUGACAAGGUUCCACUUAAUAAGGCUCAUAUAGUAACCAUAGCAACCCUGACUGGACAUGCUGUAAUUGCAAUGGGUCCUGCCUACUCGGUAUGUCAUAAAACAUUUUGUCUUCAUCGUUAGAUGUGUCAUUGUUAUCUUUGUUUAUUGUAAACAUUUUUGGUCUGUGAAAUACAAUAUAGGGUGUGUUCCUUUCGGCGAAUCCAAAAACGGAUUUUUGAUCCUAGAUUUGCCAGAUUUCGCAGUCGAAAGGAACGUGAAAACCGAAAUUGGCUUUGUAACCUUGGUAACCUUUCGCCAACGCGUGCAAUAUGCACGACAGCCUCUCAAAAAAUGACGUGUUUUCUACUGCUUGACAAAUUAUACGAUUAUACCGUGCAGAAUUUAGUGGUCGGCAGUUCGAAUAGCGACGAUGGAACAUAUAAAACAGACAAAGAAAGAAGCGCAUUAAAAUUGAAAAUUAUCCAAAGAAUGUCGGCCAGUUUGAUCCAGUUCCAUAGCUCGGAUUUUUUUAUGUAACACGAUCGAGUGCCUGUCGCGUCUACAAGCGAGUUUGUAGUUAGAUAGCAGUUCAUUUGGAACAUUACUUUUACUUAUUUCUGAUUUCAAGGAAUCUUUGGAGACAAAUGGUUAGUAUAUGGAUAUUUUAAUGUACCAGGAACAAUCUUCUAAUGUUUUCAGAUGUUUUGCGGCAAAUGACAGCAACGAGGAAACUCUACGGCCUCUAUGGGAAUACUUCAACUGGAAAUACCGCUGGAUCAUCUGACUAAUUUCGGAUCCACUGUGAAUGGAACAGCGUAGAUCACUAAUCCGUUAAUCUGGAUUUGGAUUCUUCGGAUUUCAAAUCCAAUGAAUCCUUUUUCAAAAACGAUUCACCAGAUCAAAAAUCCGGAUUUGGAUUUGCCGAAAGGAACGCGAAAUCCGCUCUUAGAUCUAAAAUCCGUUUUUGGAUUCACCGAAAGGAACACACCCAUAAUGUGGGACUUACCAUAUGUUAAAUUAAAGGUUUGGGUUUUGGUCUGACCUAGAAUCAAACCUGGGCAGGACAGGAAGGUACAUCACAAAGAGUUUUUUUUGGUGGUUUGAAAUUAACAGGGCUUAUAGAAUUGGUCAGGGAAAAAAAGUCAAAAUUAAUUUUGAGGGAUUGUGUGGGACAGAUCUCUGGAAAAAAUCGGCCGAUUUUGCAGGAUCUUCAGGGCAAACUUCACCUAAAAGCAACGGGUUAAAAAUGGCUGGUUUUGUGGGAAUUUUCGGGCAAAUUUCCCUAGAAAUCAGUCGGAUUUGCGCUGAUCAGACCGAUGUUUUUCACGUUUUCUUAACGGAUGUCAUCAUCUGCUCUUUCAACAACAACACACAGUUCCAGAAAUGAACCAAUGGCAAAGUUAAAUGGCAAAGCCUUUAACAUCAAGGCUAGUGCCAUGCAGUUUUUUGCAACAUAAUCUACGCCGGUAGAUUUGGGACAUUGUUUGCUCGUUUCAGUGACAAAGUUUCAAUAUAAAUUUGCAAGUUUACAGCAAGUAAACAUGCAAGUAAAGUUUCAAAAUAUGUUGUACAAAUAUGUAUUUGAUAAGAUUACUGGCGAAUUUUGUGGUAUUUUGCGUGUUUUGUGAGUUUUUGUGGAUUUUGUGGAAUUACCUGAAUUUCACGACUCUGCGACCUCACGAAAUAUCAGAAGCCCUGAAUUCACAAUGUCUGUCUAAUCAAUUUUUAUGAAUUUUCCAAUCUAUUAAAUUACUUAAAAUGAUAGUUUUGUUCACCUGGCCUUGUUUACAUUAUAAUCAAACUACGUUUCUUGUUAUUCUCCAUUUAACUACUUUGAGUCAUAACUCUAACUUACUUUCUUAUUUAUAAUGCACAUCUGCUUCCCUGAAACCAUACAUGUAAUAACGUUAUUAAAUAAAGCAUCCUUUUCUUUGUUUAAUAGAUUGUUAUUGACAACGGGCCUGCGGCUAAAAUGAAAUUUAGUCCGAAGAUCCAGGAAGGUACGUUGGGACCUUGAAAAUUGAUAAAAAUUAUUUUUGUCUUAACAUCUCAGGGCUUUAAAUUUAGCACCAUUAAGUUGAGCCGUCCCCACUGCCAAAUGCGCUUAUGCUGCAGAUGAUGACUUUUCAAUAAAUUGCAAUGCAAAUUACCAAGCUGAAUAUCAUUCUGAGUCUAGUUUACAACUCACACUGGCUUUGAAAAAUACCUGGAUCAUCAACCCUUGUAACUGAGCAGGUUUUGUUGAUGCCUGGCUCAAAGUGCCUGGCAGGGAACCAGAGUGGUCAUGACAUAAUCCUCUUAAAAACUUUUUGCCCCCUUUUCAGACAAAAAGAAAAUCAAUAAAAAAUUAUUUAAUUGGUGUUUGUUAUAUUAGAAAGCUUGUUAGUUCUCAUCAAAAAUUUGAUCUAGUUCUUGAAAUGUACUGAAUUUUACCUUGAAAAUGUUGAUGUAUUUGUUUGUUAGCUGGUCAUGACAUGGGUGACCCCUUUGAGGUAUCAACACUCCGCAGAGAGGUAAUUAUAUAUUACUUAACAAUCAUGUAUAUGCUAAUAACAUGCCAUAUAUUUUUUCUGCUACAGGAAACCAUAAUUUUAAAUAUGGUCAACUUUUACCUCUCGUACCUCUUGCUAUGACAAACAUCUCACUUAAAAUACUAACAGCAUCGAAAUCUCUGGCAAAAAUUAUAGACGUUUCAAACUCCCAUAGCCUGUGCCAGGCUCUCGGUGAUUGCAGACGAGUGAAUGUAUGCAUCUUUUUAAAUUAUAGCCUCAAACCGCCCUCUCUCCUGCCCACUUCCUAAAACAACUGUUUUUUUUCUUGUCAAAAUGUCACAACGUUAAAAGGUGAGGUGUUAAGGUGGCUCCUCUAGAUUUUUAAGGGGGAUACCUCCCAAGUUUGAGCAUUAAGUACGUCGGCAUGAGUAAAAAUAUGGGGAAAAGGUUACCACAUCUGUAUUAUUAUAAUAUAUAGAUUUAGCCAGGGCUAAAAGCGAAGCUCUCGAUAAUAUUUAUAGUUUGUUCAAACAAAAUAUAAAAUCAUGUAAUGCUAAGCGGCAAAGGCAACGCCGGAGGAUGGUGAAAAACAACAAUAGGUCUAAUUUGAUCAUUUUUGAUUAUUUAUUUGCCGUUGUUUUGCCCGACUACAACGUGAAACUUCCAGAAACUUCUUAGUUACAUUUUUAUGGAGGAAAUGUUGUACGUGUUCUUGUUCACUUUUUUUUCACUGCCGCUCAUUUUCACCUUGCAUUGGUGGCCACUAGCAUUUCCCAUUUUGUCACCGCGGCUACAAAAUUUUCAUGUUGUUUUUCCAACAAAAAAUGUCUUCUUUGAUUAUUUAUCUGUCACUCUAGACCUCUGUCGCCCUUUUUCUCGUUAAGCUUUGGUGGCCUGCAGCCUACUUUCUCUUUUUCUCUGUCUUUCUCCUGCUCUAUAUUCCAACUUUGUAGACGACAUUAUUAAAAUUUAAGACUACACGGAUACAGAAAUAAUUUCCUCUUUCCGUUUUCGUCUUUAUUGACUCUUGAGUUGUCUCUUCUUUACAAGACGCCGGUGGCUAUGCGAUUUCCUGCCAAAAUAACCUCGAGUUGUAUUUGGGUUGCCAUACCUGUUGAUUGAGUUAUUUUACAUUGGUAUGCCUGUGGUGUGGAUGGACGGUCGCUCAGGCGGUCGGUCGGUGUAUGGUCAUGUGAUCACCAAAUUUUCUUGGAUGGGUAGAUUACUUCAUUUUCUCACCCAUGGUGCUCCGCUAUAAAGAUGAAAAUUUCUUUUGAUCUGGGUUUUAUUGCAAUCAGAGUCGCCAUGGCAACGUAUACGACGCCAUGACAUUUUUUAUUUAUCUUUGUGUUUCUCUGUACCAGGAGUUUUUUUAUUUAAGAAAUUGCUUAAGGGAGUAUGUGCCUGCCAUAAUUGCCUCAAUUAUGGCAAAGUUUGAACAAAUUCUGUGAGAGCACUUUUGAAAUAUUUUGAAAUGAAGUUUUGAGAAUAAUAAAAAUAGAGAAAUACCAUGCUAUCCACACAACCAGGGAAUAUUUUAAGAAAAUGAUAAGCUUUGGAAAUGCGGCUUCAUCUCAUAGUGGUUUGAUUCUAUUGAAAACUGCAUACAAAUUUAUGCAAAUUUAUUUUUUUGGCUAGUUGUGCAUGUGCAUAAAUUAUGAGACUUGAAAACAAUGCCAUUGAAUAAUGAGGACGCUCACUAUUGAAAACACAAAAUCUGGUGGGAAAAUUGGUUGUAUUUGAGGCCCUAUUUAAAAGCCUUCCUUGUUUUCAAUGUUCUUGAAACUUGCAGGGUAUUUGUAUCACAUGGUUUUUUGAAAAAUGCGAAAUUUGUAGGCAUGGACCAAAUUACAUUCAAAAACUGCAACAAAAGCAGCUGAAUACAAGUUGGUAAAAUUCUUCUUACUCGCAAUCGCCCACAGCAAUUCCCCUCUUUUUUCUUUUUUCAUUGGAAUCAAACCACUAUGAGAUGAUGCUGCAUUUCCAAAGCUUAUCAUUUUCUUAAAAUGUUACCUAAUUGUGUGGACAGCAUACUAUUUCACUAUUUUUAUGAUUCUUUUAAAAAAACUUCAUUUUAAAAUAUUUUGAAAAUGGUCACAUAGAAUUUGUUCAAACUUUGCCAUGAUUGAGGCAAUUAUGGCAGAUUCAUACUCCCUUAAGCGAUUUCUUUAAAAAACGCCUGGUACAGUAACAGAGAAACUCAAAGAUAAGUAAAAAACGUUAUGGCAUCGUUAUGUUGCCAUGGCGACUCCAAUUGCAAUAAAACCCAGAUUAUAAGAAAUUGUCAUCUUUAUAUAAUACAGUUUUGAUAACCUUUUUCCCAUAUCUUUACUCAUGCUGAUAAAGUUAAUGCUCAAACUUGGGAGGUAUCCCCCCAAAAACAUCCAGUCAAGCCACCUUAAGGAGGGUUUCACGUGCUCAACAUGUUUUUUAGACUCUUGUGUAAUAUAAAGUGUAACCCAAUCAUAGGGCAUACCAGGAGUUGGUAUACUUGAAUGAGGUAUUGAAAACAAUGUUUGCAGGCUCCACUUUUCCAUCUCUCCCCAGCCCCCACAGUUCUCAAUCCCCUAUCCUUGGAGCCUGCUGGAACAGGCAUUACGAACUUACAAACAGGUGUUUUGGUCUAAUGUUGUACAGCAAAACCCCGUUAAUGGACACUGAGUUUGUCAUAGAAGUGUCUGCAUUAAGCGAGUUGAAUUUACAGAAAAUGUCAAAGGACUGUCUUCCCUAGGGACUAAACAAACUGUCCUUAAUAAUGAGGUGUCCGUAUAAGGUGGGUGUCCAUAAAGUGGGGGUUUGACUGUUAUAAUAAAAAAAAUUCUAAUGAACCUGUAAAGCUUGUCAUCUUUGAUCAUUUAGACAGCAGCAGCAUUGUCACAUCUGCUUUCCUCAUUCUGCUUGAUGAGCAAUUGAAAUAAUUAAUUUUGUUGACCAUUUUUUUAGGACUAUGAGUUUACAAAUGCCAAGUCAGAAUAUGCAGAUGUGUUGCAGUGUAACAAUAAACCAUCCAGUCAGACUCCACGUGGGCAUCAGUUUCCUGCCGCCUUCCUUAUAAGAGCAUCUGGAUUGGACAAGGUUAUUAAAGCAUUUUAACUGUACUUGAUGAAUAGUGUAAUAAUGGAGUGCCAAAUGAAAGUGUUUCAGGCUACUUUGCAAGACAUGCUGACCCUCCAAGGGCUAGUUAGCCUCCCAUGCAGACUUGUUUGGGGCUCUGUCACACAUUUUUAAAAUUCCUGAGGCCCAAAGAAAGUCUGGGGUGGGGUGAGGGUAUGGAUAUUUUCAGCUACCACACAGUCAAAUAAGCACCUUAACUCAAGUUAGUGCCCCCUUGAUCCUGGGUGCUAAAAGGAGCUUGCUGUUUAAUGUUUUUUUUACUUUCCUAAAUUGUGGCAGAGGGUGGAAAGACAACUUUAAGCUUAGCUUACUACCGUGUUGAUGGGGUUUUAGAGGCAAAGAAAACCCCACUGUCCUACAUACAGGUAAUGUUUUACAUGCCCGGAAUGUCAUUCACCAUAAUUAAUGAAAACAAGAUUUAAAGUCCCCUGAGUAUAAUGUGUUUCUGGGGGAAAUCUCCCCCCUCCCCCUUCCCCCAACCCCAAAGAAGGCCUGCUACUUAGGCUAAAUUUACAGCUGUAAGCUGCUUCACCUUGCAAACAAUCUUAGAAAAAUAGGCCAGAGGGACAGUAGCCAUAACUGAAAUAUGAAAUAUUUAAUUUAUCAUUUGUAGCAUGGUAUUGACUCCACCAAACCCAUUCGCUACUCCCAUUUUGACAUUGCUGGAUCAAGUGGUGGUUUUCCUUUCGUCCCAACUGGAGCUCCAGUGGUUGCCAUGGUUUCGCACUUCUUGAAAGACCAUUGCUAAACAAAGGGUCCUUUGAAGUAACUGAAUUCACUUUAAAAUAAUUAUUAAAGAGGCCACUGGGUACUAUAAAAAGCUUUUUGCAGCUGUAGGUGUUUCUUCUUCUUUUUUUUGGUAAUAAAGGCAAGGAGUUUCGUCAGAUUACACGUAAGGGUAGUUUUGUUAAGAUUACAUUGAUAUUCAGAGAGUAGAUGAAUAAGAUGGGCUAACUUUUUAUAAUAGGUAUUUUCUGUCGAAUUGAAUAGAUUAUUUAUGACAAUGACACAAAAAUUUUGCACUUAAGAAAAGAACAAUGAAAAAGGUGUAAUAAAAAUUAUAUAGGUGACAGGAGUUUGGUAAUAAUUGUAGAACAUUUUUUUGAUUAUUCUUUCUAUUAAUAAACAGGGCUUGGCUCCUAAAUAAUGCUUCCAUGAGCUUUUGCAGAUUAAGUACAGGUCACAAGACUGAACAAAAUAAUAAGGUGUACUAUAGGUAUGUUUAUUGUUAUUGUGAGCAAUUCUACAUUGUAUGACUGUAGUCAAGUGGCAA